GAGGCGGCAGCGAGGCUAUAUAAGGCGAGCGUGAGGCGGGGGCGCCGCGCAGUGCAGCUCGAGAGGAGGUAGCGGGAGAGCGAGCUCUCUGAGAGGAAGCGUUCUCAAGCAGCUUGGUCAUCCAACCGCCGCCGAGAUGCCAGAGGAAGUACACACACAAGAUCAGCCAAUGGAGGAGGAUGUGGAGACCUUUGCCUUCCAGGCAGAGAUAGCUCAGUUGAUGUCCCUGAUCAUCAACACUUUCUAUUCCAAUAAGGAAAUCUUCCUCAGGGAGCUUAUCUCCAAUUCAUCUGAUGCUCUCGAUAAAAUCAGAUAUGAGAGUUUGACUGACCCAAGCAAACUGGAUUCUGGAAAGGAUCUGAAGAUCAACCUUAUUCCUAACAAGCACGAUCGUACCCUUACUAUUGUGGAUACUGGCAUUGGAAUGACCAAAGCUGAUCUGGUGAAUAAUCUGGGAACCAUCGCCAAAUCUGGCACCAAAGCCUUCAUGGAGGCCUUGCAAGCUGGUGCAGAUAUCUCCAUGAUUGGUCAAUUUGGUGUUGGUUUCUACUCUGCGUAUCUGGUUGCUGAGAAAGUAACUGUGAUCACCAAGCACAAUGAUGAUGAACAGUAUGCUUGGGAGUCUUCAGCUGGUGGAUCAUUUACUGUCCGGCUGGACAAUGGUGAGCCUUUAGGCCGUGGUACAAAGGUUAUUCUACAUUUGAAGGAAGAUCAAACAGAAUACAUUGAAGAGAGACGAAUUAAAGAAAUAGUCAAGAAGCACUCCCAGUUUAUUGGAUAUCCAAUAACACUUUUUGUGGAGAAAGAGCGUGAUAAAGAGGUGAGUGAUGAUGAGGCUGAGGAAAAAGAGGAAGAGAAGGAAGAAAAGGAAGAAAAAGCUGAAGAUAAACCUGAGAUUGAAGAUGUUGGCUCUGAUGAGGAAGAGGAAAAGAAAGAGGGCGACAAGAAGAAAAAGAAGAAGAUCAAGGAGAAGUACAUUGACCAGGAAGAGCUGAACAAGACUAAGCCAAUUUGGACCAGGAACCCAGAUGACAUUACUAAUGAAGAAUACGGAGAAUUCUACAAGAGCCUGACCAAUGAUUGGGAAGAUCAUCUAGCAGUCAAACACUUCUCUGUGGAAGGGCAGCUGGAAUUCAGAGCACUCUUGUUUGUUCCAAGGCGUGCACCUUUUGACUUGUUUGAAAACAGAAAGAAAAAGAAUAACAUCAAGCUGUAUGUGCGCAGAGUGUUCAUCAUGGAUAACUGUGAAGAAUUAAUCCCUGAAUAUCUGAAUUUCAUGCGAGGUGUUGUUGAUUCAGAAGACCUGCCUCUAAAUAUUUCCCGUGAAAUGCUGCAACAGAGCAAGAUUCUGAAAGUGAUCCGGAAGAACUUAGUCAAGAAAUGCUUAGAACUCUUUACUGAGCUGGCAGAAGAUAAAGAAAACUACAAGAAGUUCUACGAGCAGUUUUCCAAAAACAUUAAGCUUGGCAUACAUGAGGAUUCACAGAAUCGCAAGAAACUAUCAGAGUUGUUGAGAUACUAUACUUCUGCAUCUGGGGAUGAGAUGGUAUCAUUAAAAGAUUACUGCACCCGGAUGAAGGAAAAUCAGAAACAUAUAUACUACAUUACAGGUGAAACCAAAGAUCAAGUAGCAAACUCUGCUUUUGUGGAGCGCCUUCGUAAACAUGGUUUGGAAGUAAUUUACAUGAUUGAGCCCAUUGAUGAAUACUGUGUACAGCAGCUAAAAGAAUUUGAGGGGAAGACUUUGGUUUCAGUAACAAAAGAGGGACUGGAACUUCCUGAAGAUGAAGAGGAGAAAAAGAAACAGGAGGAGAAGAAAGCAAAGUUUGAAAGCCUCUGCAAGAUCAUGAAAGAUAUACUUGAAAAGAAAGUAGAGAAGGUUGUAGUCUCCAACAGAUUGGUGACUUCCCCAUGCUGUAUUGUGACCAGCACAUAUGGCUGGACAGCAAACAUGGAGAGGAUAAUGAAAGCACAAGCACUCAGGGAUAACUCCACAAUGGGCUACAUGGCUGCCAAGAAGCAUCUGGAGAUCAAUCCUGACCAUUCUAUUAUUGAGACACUGAGGCAGAAGGCAGAAGCUGAUAAGAAUGACAAAUCAGUGAAGGACCUGGUCAUCCUGCUGUAUGAGACUGCUCUCCUGUCAUCUGGCUUCAGUCUAGAAGACCCCCAGACACAUGCCAACCGUAUCUAUAGAAUGAUAAAACUUGGUUUGGGUAUAGAUGAAGAUGAUACUGUUACAGAAGAAACUACCCCUGCAGUUGCUGAAGAAAUGCCACCACUUGAAGGAGAUGAUGACACAUCACGCAUGGAGGAAGUGGAUUAAAUGGUUGACUUCUUGAAAGAGAAAUUUGGAUAUAUUUCUUUUGCCCUUGGCUUUGAAUAAGUUAUAUUUUGUAUAUUAUGAAUGUGACCUGCCAAAACGUCUUGACACUUGUCUGCAUUCCCUCUUUAUAUUUAUUUUUGAAGAUGUUACACCUUUAUUUUUGUUAAAUUUCUUUUUAAAGUUUUAUGUGAGAUGCCAUUGAGGGAGUGUCUUCUCAUGACAAAUAACACUGUACAAUCCUAUAUACAGGCGAAUAAAUUCUAUUGGUUAAGUGGAUGGCAGGGUUUUGAGGUUGGCUGUGGACAGAAAAGGGAUACGUUGGGAGCUUAGAUUUGUUCUGCAAUGUUGCUGUUAAGGCUCUGAAGUUCUGAUAACUCAACCAUCUGUAACAUACAAUGCCUAGUAACUAGGUAUUGCAACUUUAAAAAGUGGAAUAUUUAAACAUCCUAUUCAAAGUUCUGGGAUAUUGAUGUUUAGUCUUUUUAUAUACUGUAAAAAGGAUUCUAAAUUCCACACUUAAAAUAGAUUAGACUCUACUGUAAAUCUAUUGUGACUAAUGCAGUUUUGCAUGUACAGUUACUCUGGAAGUAUCUAGAAAUAAAAGUGUUCAGAAUGUA